AGUAGGAUAUGUUUGCUCAAUGUUUGCCUGCAUGUUUCUACUUCCACAAAAGUGAAACUAAUGAUGGGGAAAGUUCGGAUCUCGGUAAUUAUGAAGGAGUGAGCGCUCUCCUCCUCCUCUCGGGUCUUCACGAUCUCAUUUUCAUGCCGCUCAGUCAGCAAGCGCAGAACCGCCACCCCGGUAGUUGCCAUGACAACGGAGAUACGAUCCUGGCGCAUUCUCCGUUGUCUCCCGUUGGUUGCCGGGCAACCGCCACACAAAUCCAGGAAAACAUCCGGCAAAGAGCCUCGAUCCUGCCGAACGUAGAGAAACGUGCAGUACUUGUUUACUCGUCAACGGGAUUCCAGGACAGUAAAUCUACAACAACAUGGCGGCUUCUUCCCUUCCUUUCUUAGACAACAGAGAUCCCCGUCUGAAACUCAGCGUGGGAAACAGAAUACGAAACGUUUUUGUAACGCAGUCUGAAGACACCAGACAUGGAGAAGAGAAAGAUGUCAAUCACAUACCUGUUGUUACAGAGACUUCUAGCAGAGUCCUUGAGGCAGGGGUGAACACUUUGCAAAAGACCCUGGUUCUGAAGAAACAGGCUGCAUUGGACGAGUUGGACAAGUUGCUUGCACUCAAACGGCACGAGUUUAAGAGCGGUGCGGAGUCUUUAGCAGAGAGAAGGUCUGAACUGGAGAUAAAACACCACCAGACUAAAGAAAGGGCGAUGAAAUUCGAGAGGUUUGUGGCUGAGAAUGAACUGAAGCGACGCAGUGCACUGAAGAAGUAUGAGGCUGCACAGGAGCAAAACGUUUUGAAGCAGAGAGAGAUAGAAGAUCUGACAGAACAGCUGAAAGCACUUUGGGCCAGACAGCAAGUUUUAAAAGAGAGAAUGACAAAAUACAAAAUCUAUGAGGACUACUUGAUGAAAACACUUGAUUAUCUCCCCAGCACUUACCUUGAUAAUGGGUCUGAAUCCUUGGUUAUGCCCAUCAUUCACCGUCACGAGACCCUGACCAUCACCAAACAGGAGAUGCUGCAACGCCUGGGCCGCCUGGAGGAGGAGGUGGAGGGCGGCCAGCGACAACUGCAGACCAUGGAGCAGGAGCACACCAUAAAGAAACUGAUGGCCAACAGAAAACUGUCUGAACUCCAGAGUGAGUUAGAAAUGCUUGAAGAGAAGAACAAGCAGGCAGAGGUUAACCUGCACAUGGUGCAAGGCCUGUCCAGAGAGAAGAUUGAGGAAGUGGGACGCUUGCUUAUGGCCAUCAACAACCUUGCAGAGCAGUGUCAUCUACCAGCAUAUGGUCCUCUGGAAAACAUGAGCGUACUGACGAUGAUGGACAUGGUGAAGGAGUACAUUCUGGACAAGGCCGACACGGAGAAAAGAGCGAGGAGGCUGAUGGAGUCUGGGUCUGCAAUGACGAGCCGAACAGCUUUGACGGACAAACGAGAGAGGGGGUCAAUGAAAAGCACGAGCAGCAAAACACAAAUCAAAAGUUCAAGCAAAGCCUUCAGAGGAUACACUCACUGAUGACCAGUGGUGAUGAGUGACAAGUACAUUAUUCAGUAUCGCAGCUGAAUAAAGGUGUUCGCUUCUCGGCAGAUGGAGGCUGCCGCUCUGAUCUCAUGCAGGGAGGACAUUUCUUCACUGUUUCCACAGCAAAUGCCUGGUGCCAAACACAAAGUAGGACUGAAGGAUUUAAGCAGCCAGUUCUCCUCUGUGAGGAAAGUGCGCGGCGAUGGAAACUGCUUCUACAGAGCCUUCUGCUUCGCUCACAUGGAGUCGGUCCUACGUGAUGCCAGAGCUUUGCAGAGGUUGUACAUGUGUUGGAGCAGUGCCAGGCUGACGAGCAGGACACGCUACUGAGGCUCUUCAACGAGCAGACCACCUCUGAUAGUGUGGUGCAGUAUCUCAGGCUGCUCACCUCAGCACACCUGCAAAACCACGCAG